GGCUCUUUUGGGGGAAUCCGUUAACCAAAAAUAGGGGAAAAAUGCUCUUUGGUCAAAAAAAGUUUCUUGACCUCAAUGUAGCUACUGUAAAACAGAUAGACCCAGAAAACUACAAUUCCCAGAAUGCAACAUUAUUCUGAGGACAGACUAAGGAAGUGGCCCUUCACUGACUUAUUUUUUUUUAAAUCAUGAUGAUUUUAUGGCAUUAUACGGGUUAAUUGUCUCUUUUUAAUUGUUUUGAUCGAGCAUGUUUAAUUGAAUCGUUCUGUUGAUCUCUAUAGAUCUGUAGCGAUUAUUAUCCGGUCAGUCACGAUGACAGUCACUGGGAUCAUCUGUAACUAAUGAAUGAACUGGAAACAUCUGACCUUUUAUACCAGGACUGGCUGAUUUAACUGUAGUCACAGUUAGUUUUUGGACAUUGGACGUACUUGAACAAAGAUCCCGGAAGAAUCGAAGAUAAAUUGUUCAAUUUGACGAUAUUUAGCAGCUCGCAACCGGUCACUCGCGAUAGAAGGUUUUGAAUGCAUGUGCUGUUUAAAGACAGACCAAUAAAGUAAUAUAAAAUAAAACUACAUGGAUUACAUACACACGGCCAGAUCGGUGGAAGAUCGUCUCCUGAGCUACAGAAAGGACGAGUCCGGAUGGAAAACGUGCAAGAAAACUAAUGAUGUCGUGGUGUAUUGGAGACCCUCUUGUGAAUUCUCGGGAUAUGUGUAUAAGGGGGAGGGGAUUGUCAAUGGCAGUCCAGAGAAAGUGUGGGACUGCUUGAAACCUGAAAUCAAUGGACUACGUGUGAAAUGGGACGCUAAUAUAAAAAAGUUUGAGCUGCUUGAGCAGGUUUCAGCGGAUGUUUCGGUCUAUCGAACAGUCACGCCUUCGGCUGCUAUGGGUAUUAUAUCUCCUCGAGAUUUUGUUGAUGUCAUUUCCAUCAAACGCUAUGAGGAUGGCACAGUUUCAUCAAAUGCCACCAAUGUAAGCCAUCCAAACUGUCCUCCUCAACCCGGCUAUGUCAGAGGCUUCAACCAUCCUUGUGGCUGUUCUUGUGUUCCUGUUCCUGGGGAACCAGGCAAAACACAGCUGUUUAGUUUUUUCCAGACUGAUCUUGGAGGUUUGCUUCCUCGUUCUGUUGUUGAUUCAUUUUUCCCCUCUAGUAUGGUAGAGUUUUAUAGCAACCUGACCAAAGCCGUAAAAUCACUUAAAUAGCACCAUAGAUAUAAUACCCCCUUUAAUCUUAAAUGUGAAUACUUUAAUAAUUGGAUGCACGUAAUUGCAUUUAAUCAAGCUUUAGUGGAAAGUUAAUUUACUUUUAGAUUUAUUCCUGAUUCUUCCGAUAGCUAAUCGUGUCCAAACACACUUGCACAAAGCCAGUUUUAAAUGUACAGAACACUGGAACGUUUUGUUUGCCAUAUAUUUCAGAAAUUCUGAAAACUUGAUUCAAAUGAUGAACUAUUGCACAAACAGUUAUGCAUCUGGCAGAUGCUUUUACAGGGUUUCUGCGGAUAUUAAGUCUUAAUUCACUCCUACACAAAUUAAGGUCUUAAAUAGGUGCAGAAAGUUCAUCAAUUCAUGAAGUUAUGGCAUUAACUGUUGCAUGCACUGCAAAAAUGUAUAAUUUCCUCGGUAUUUUUGUCUUGAUAUUGUGGCGGAUCAAAUAUCUGAACAUGCUUAAUCAAGAUACAUUCAAUGCAAAUUGAAUAUAUGAAGUAUGAAACCGAACUUAACUGAACAAAAUUAAGUGAGUUUAUGCUUAAAACGAGAACAAACAUCUGUCAGUGGGGUCUGAAAUCUUAAUUUCACCGAAUUAAGUUUUUUGUUUUUUUAAAUUUGUCAGAAAACGUGCUUCUUUAUUAAAACAUUUUUCAGACGUUUGCAUUGGAAAACAAGACAAAAUAACUGAAGAAGAACAUCUCUUUUUUGCAGUGUGAUCAGAAGUUACAAUAAAAGUUAUUUCUGUAUUAUUUAUGGUUGGGAGCAGAGCUAUUCAAGCCAUGCAUUAAAAAGUAAAGUAGUUUUGUUGGAAGUUUCAAACGGCUGCUAAUACAACCUAGACAUUUACAUUUAGAGAACAUAUUGAGGUUUUGUGAUCCUUUCAAUCUAUUCCAUAAAUUCUUUGUUGUCUAAAAAAGUCUUAAAUGUACCUUCUUAGAAACCUGCAGAAACCCUGUUUUAUCCAAAGUGACUUAAAGUGCAUUCAAAUGGCAUUUUAUCAGAUGUUGGUGUUGUCAUUCCAUCAAGGUCUUAUUUAUUUAUUUUUUAACCAUAAUUCAGCAGUGUGAUCCUAUAAUGUAGCAAGAUUUGGAAAUUAUUUUCAUUCAUAUAAUGCAUUGUUAAAUUUUAGACUUUACAGAUCUAUUUUAAAGGGUUUUUAAAAAGACAACACAAGGUUGCUGCAUCUGUGUCAGGAGCGUGUGUUUGAUGUCUGGCCUAAAAAGGCAGUACACUAGUUUUUGGAACAGUCAUAUUUUAAUAAGCUGUUUUUAGAACUUCAGUCACAUAUUUGAGGAAAGUUGUCUUAGAAUGCAGAUUCCAUUUUUAUUUGAAUAAUUGAGCUCUUGAUAGAUGCUCAAGCUUGACCUCUUAUAUCACAUCAAGUCUGGUUGUUAAAUAUGCUGAAACUUUCCAUAAGUAUUUCUGUAUUUUAAUAGUGAUAUUUUAGCACAUAAAUGGCUGUGGCAAAUCAAUGUUUACUGACAGAUGCAUAUCUUCAGACAUAUUUGAAGAACUGCAUUUGCUGCUGUUCUCGGUUAACAUAACUGAGUUUAUGUACUGUAUUUUUGAGACUGACAAUAAAAAAAAAAGGCCAGAACAAUCAUGACAAAAUUAUGAUGAUAAAAUAAGAACCCACAGGCUCAAGGAUUAGCUGGUUAGCAUGACUCUGUUGGCCCCUGCUGGUGAUUAUGUAGUCAGUAUAAAACAUUUUUUCUCCACUGAUGGCCAAGCAAAAGUAUCCUUGUGUUUGUGUAUACAAGUAUCCACAGGGUUCUGUGCCAGCCAGACCAGCAACUACUAUUAAGAUGAAUGAGAAUUUUAAAGGAACAUGGAGUUGAGUAGAAUCCUGUGUGGAAUUUGAAUAAUUAAGAAUAGUUGAAAUUCCAUUUUUUUUUUUUGAGAACAGGAUGGAGAGUUUGAAUUUGAAUUUAUAUUUAUAAGUUGUACAAAACAAAUAACAUGAAUUCCUUAGAUUACAUAAAUUUACAUAAUACAUAAUUACAUAAUCAUUUCAUGGAUCAUGGUGGAAGCUAUAGUAGCUUAUAGGGAUAGUUUACCCAAAAAUGUAAUAUUUCUGUCAUUAUUUACUCUCCCUUUAGUUGUUCAUCCAUUAGUGUUAAUCUAAUAGAUUCCUCUGUUAUUUUACAAUGUUGAAUUUUGAUUCCACUAUUCGUCAUUUCAUUUGAAAUUCUAUUCCAAUUUUGCAACCUGUGGUGUGUGGCCAAUUCAAUUCAAGUGUACACGUAUAAAUUAAAAGGGAGUCCGUUUUUAAAACAUUCCAAAAAUGAAAUGAAUGCUGUUACAUCCUUUUAUCUCUGCUAGCGAUCCGUCGUUAUCUCACAUGGACAAAGGGACUGUUUAAUGCUGUGUAUAUCACUGAUAUGACUGACCUCAGAGAAAACCCGGUGUGUUUCUUUUUGAUCUCUUUAAUUACCGUUUGUGUCUAGUUGCAUGAUUGUCCUCCUGACAUGUGUCUUAACCAGUAGGUACUUUGUAUUUUUAUGCCUGUAUGCCGUCAGUAAAAUUACUGUGAACGCAUGCUCAUGGCCUGGAGAUGUGUUCUGUGCUUUUUUAAAUUAUUUUUAUAUACUGUAAAUGAGCAGUAUGCUCUAGUGCAUUUCAGGAUUAUUUUGGGAAUCAAGAUUUUGCAUCCGUUUUGCAAGGAGUGUGUGCUUGCCUUCAGUAUUAUUGUGCAAAGUUCUCUAUAUGUUUUAAUAAUGCACACAGAUUUACAUUCCAAAAGCAGUGUAUACAGUUUGUUCAUUCUGUCAAGCAAGAGUUUUUGAUUAUUCCAGAUCUUAAAAUUUCUUGAAGUCGACAUGAAAUGUCAUUCGCAAGCCAUUUUACUUCUGUAAACUGUAUUUAGAAUAAAACAUCUUGAAUAGUGAAAAGUGGGCGGUACAAGCCAGAAUGGAGGCAGAUGAUUGGAUGGGAGAAGCCAAACAGUGUGAGGGAUUUGUAACAGCAGACAAAAAAAAAAGAGGUGGAGCAAGUCAAUAUGUUUUCAAGUACAUCCUUUUUUAAUAACAUGCAGUGAUGGACCUGGAAAUAUGCAUUGAAAUCAGGUCAUUUCUCAUUUCAUGUUGACUUCAAAUAUGUUUUUAGUCUGUUUUUGCUCAGUGCAGUUUAUUAUAUGUCCACCUACUGUUUGUUAAUUCCUAAAAGAAGCAAAAACUGAAGAAAUUGCACUUUGUAAAACCCAUUGUAUGAUUCUCCUUUUAGGUUCUGUUUUCAGAUAUUAAAAAUGAUUGAUGACCAUA